AUGUCAAACCAUAAGAGCACAGAGUCUAACAUAAAGAAUUUGGAAGUCCAAGUGGGACAACUGCCAAACCAGUUGGCGGAUAGGCCGUCAAGCAGCUUUAGUGUUAACACUGAGAAGAAUCUGAAGGAAGAAUGUAAAGCUAUAAUGACAAGGAGUAGAAUGGAAAUUCAGGCUGAUGAAGGUAGAGCCGAAGAGAAGGUGGAGGAAUAUAAAAAACAGUCGAUAGCUGAGCCGGCACUGGAACCAGUUUCUGAUCUUAUUGAACUUGAGGAAGUUGUGGAAGACAAAGAUGACCAACAGGAGAGAGAGACACCAAUAAAAGAGAGUGAAAUAGGAAUAAAGAUGAAGGAAGAACAAGAAAAACAAAAAGAAAAAAAAGAAGAAAUAGAAAAAGAAAAAAAUCAGAAAAAUGAAAAAGAAAAAGAGAAGGUUGAUGAGGAGAAAAAGAAGAGCAAGAGUGAGGUUUCAAGAGAGAAAAAGAGAGAGAUUACUUCAGCUGAAGGCAAGGAAGUACCAUAUCCAUUGGUACCUUCCAAGAAGGAUAAAGAGCGACACUUAGCCAGAUUUCUUGACAUCUUCAAGAAGCUUGAGAUCACUUUGCCUUUUGGAGAAGCUCUCCAACAAAUGCCACUCUAUGCCAAAUUUUUAAAAGACAUGCUGACAAAGAAGAACGGGUACAUACACAGUGACACAAUAGUUGUGGAAAGAAGUUGUAGUGUUGUCAUUCAACGCAUCCUUCCCCCGAAGCAUAAGGAUCCCAGAAGUGUCACUAUACUGUGUUCUAUUGGUGAGGUUGUUGUAGGUAAAGCUCUCAUAGACUUGGGAGCUAGUAUCAAUUUAAUGCCUCUCUCCAUGCUCUAGCGACUUGGAGAGAUAGAGAUAAUGCCCACACGCAUGACUGUUCGACGGCCAGUAAGUGCACCAGAUCGCGCAAGUAGUAUAAAACGGUAAGUGAAUACCGAGUAUCGAACUCUCGGGGAACUUGUUUUACUUGGUAAAGUUGUGGUUCAAUAAAUAAGUGUCUUUGGAUGAAAGUUUGGUGUGUGGUAUGGGCAAGUAUGCAAACUAAACUAUUCAAAAGUAAAUCACGUGAGUAGUGGUGUGUGAAGACAGAUAAAAAAACGUGUUGGUCUUCUUACUGGAUGACUGAUGUUAUUAAGGAUGUUCUCUGCCUAACAAUGUUCAUGUGUUCUAUGUU